GCCCGUUACGAAGCGUUCAAUGACAAAGAUGAAAUGAGCCAGGCGUUGAUCGCCAAGGGACAGAAGAUGAGCGAGAAGUGUGAUCCUGAUGAUGUGACACAAAUCUGUGACCGUCUGAGGAAGCUCAAGGACAGAUGGAAUGAUACUAAAGACCGUGCGCAAAAACGAAAGGAGAAAUUGUCUGAACAUCUGGAAAACGUAGAUGAGUUCCAUGGCACUCUAAAAACGUUUACUGAUUGGCUGAACAACGCAGAAAUUGCCAUGCGUAACUUUAAAUACCCAAGCAAGCUAGUAGACAGAGUCACGGUACAGCUCGAGGAACAUAAUAAAAUGAAAAUGGAACUUGAUCAACAUUCCGAGCGAAUGCAGACAUUGGACAGAACCGGAAGUUACCUAAAACAUUUCUGUCGGAAGCAGGAUACUAUUUACAUAAAAAAUCUCCUAGUGGGCAUACGGUUACGAUGGAAGAAACUCCUUCGAAGAACUGACGAAAGAGGGCGUCUUCUCACGCAUGCGCAUAGGGAGGAUAAAAGGUUCUACGAUGCCUGGAAGGGUCUUUGUGAUUGGCUAGACGAAAGUUCAAAGACAGUGGCAAGGUUCAUGUCGCCCGUGGCCAAGGGGUCAGCUACGAAAGAGAACAUCGAUGACUUGAAGGUAAGGUAUUAUCAUUAGCGAUGCGUUGAUGUAGGUGUGGUUGAAGUGUAACAAUAAUGCUAUCAUUGGCUUCCCGAAGUUGUGAAAAGGGAGAUUUAUUAAGUUCUUUUGAGAAAAGGA